AUGAGUAGCUGGACAAAUCAUUCCAACUGCUCGCUUAACUGCAGUUCGGGUGAUAGUGAGCGCUGGGACAAUGCGACCCUAUGGGACACGGAAUAUCCUGUCCAUCUUUUUCCAGUUCCGAUCCUAACAGGAAUAACGGUCACUUGCGCUCUCCUCUUCCUCGUGGGAGUCACGGGCAAUUUAAUGACCAUUCUGGUGGUCACAAAAUAUAAGGACAUGAGGACAACCACCAAUCUGUAUCUAUCCAGUAUGGCCUUUUCGGACCUGUUAAUAUUCCUCUGUAUGCCCCUCGAUCUGUACAGAAUCUGGCGGUAUCGACCGUGGAAUUUCGGGGACCAACUUUGCAAACUGUUCCAGUUCGUCAGCGAGAGCUGCACCUACUCCACCAUCCUGAACAUCACCGCCCUGAGCGUGGAGAGGUACUUCGCCAUUUGUUUCCCUCUCAGGGCGAAAGUGGUGGUGACGAAAGGUCGUGUGAGAGGUGUCAUUCUCGCUCUCUGGCUCGUGGCUUUCUUCAGCGCGGGACCCAUAUUCGUCCUGGUCGGAGUGGAGCACGAGAACGGCACGAAUCCCUGGGAGACGAACGAGUGCAAGGCGACGGAGUACGCCAUACGGUCCGGGCUGCUGACCAUCAUGGUCUGGGUCUCCAGCGUCUUCUUCUUCCUGCCCGUGUUCUGCCUGACCGUUCUGUACAGCCUCAUCGGAAGGCGGCUGUGGAGACGGAAGCGAGAAACGAUAGGACCCAACAUCUCGAGUCGAGACAAGAACAAUAAGCAAACGGUAAAGAUGCUAGCUGUGGUGGUGUUCGCCUUCGUGCUCUGCUGGUUGCCCUUUCACGUGGGACGCUACCUGUUCUCCAAGUCCUCGGAGGCGAGCUCUCCCCUCAUGUCCCAGAUCAGCGAGUACUGCAACCUCGUCUCCUUCGUGCUUUUUUACCUCAGCGCCGCCAUCAACCCCAUCCUCUACAACAUCAUGUCGAAGAAAUACAGGGUCGCAGCCUGCAAACUUUUCGGGGUGAAGCAGACCGUGCGCAGGACCACGUCCACGCUGAAGGGCGAGAGCUCCCCGGUGUGGACGGAGUCGAGCUUGAGCACGUGACUCCGCCUGGCCCCCCCUCGCUCGGAACUGGGCUUUAUUUCCCCUCUGGUGCGUUAAUGCACCGCACUCACCUCGCGCAGCACACAAUUUUGAGCCCAUAAAAACAGAAGACACCCAGUUCUUACGCGUGAGUCACAGCAGGUUGCCGAAGGCUAUUUAUGGAAUUCUGGGAAGGACACUGAUUGGGAAGAAUGUACCAGCAGCUCGGAGGCCAGCGGAAGAGCGUCUCACAUGCUCUCGGAAAAAAAAACAAC